AACUGGUACUGUCUGUUUUAUCUAGACGAUAAUUCUGGGAGAGUAGAACUAAAAUUUUACUUUGACCCCCACCCUAGUUAGCAACACAGCAGUAGACAGUCACAUGAUGAUGGGUGUGUGUGCGUUUCUGUGAAUAUAUCAAUAUAUGAAGUAUCUAUUUCUUUAAUAACUACAAAUUAAUAUAAUUUCUUUGUAAAAUAUAUUGAUUAUCACAUACAUACUUAGUGUAAAGAAGAUUCUACUCAAAUUAAAAAAAUGGCUCAAAUGCGAAAUAUAUUAGGAACUACUUUUGUGAUUACUGCUUCUAUUACAAUCAUAAUUUUAGUGUUAUAUCAUGUAUUUACUGGUAAAGGUGAACGUGUCAGCAUUGCAUGGUUUUUGGAAGGUACAUCACCAUAUAUGUGGGCUACUUUAGGUAUUGGAUUUGCAGUUGCGUUAUCUGUAGUUGGUGCAGCAUUAGGCAUCCAUACAACAGGAGUAUCUAUUAUAGGUGGUGGUGUAAAAGCACCUAGAAUAAAGACCAAAAAUUUAAUUUCUGUGAUAUUUUGUGAAGCAGUAGCUAUUUAUGGUUUGAUUACUGCCAUUGUAUUAUCUGGCAUGCUUGACGAAUUUACUUAUGAAAAAGUUAAUUCACCUGAGAAUUCUGACGUGAAAAGUCAGAAUUGGAUGGCAGGUUAUUUGAUGUUUGGAGCAGGAUUUGCAGUAGGUCUUGUUAAUCUAUUUUGCGGCAUAGCUGUAGGUAUUGUUGGUUCUGGUGCAGCAUUAUCUGAUGCAGCAAACUCUGCACUUUUUGUUAAGAUUCUUAUAGUUGAAAUAUUUGGAUCAGCUAUAGGUCUUUUUGGAUUAAUUGUGGGUAUUUAUAUGACAUCAAAAGUGAAAAUGGGGAACAAGGCAUAAAUGCAUUUAUUAAAACAAUGCCUGAAAUAAUACAUUAUGAUUCAUCAUGUUUCAUUCCAUAUUUUAUCAUUAUUGGGUAAAUAAAUAUAGAAAAACAGACUUCUUUAAUAUUAUCAAUAGAUACCAAAAUGUUUCAUAGAUGAUGCACAUAAAAUAUAACUUCGUGUAACAUAGACAUAAGACAAACUUUUUGGACUUAUUUGUGAACAAACAUUUGAAUGUUUGACAACUUCCUGUGUAUUGCUGAUUUUUUGGCAUUGUCACAUUCAUUAUUGUAAUUUAAAGUAUAUUAUAAUAAUUUAAGUUAUAAUGCUUUAAUCGAUAUAUAAUUUAAUGUACAUAUUUAAUGUUCAUUUUCCAGUUGCAUUUGUGUUCAUAAAAAUAACAAAUAUGAAUCAGGAAAUAUUUUUAAUCAUAUAAAAUUCUCUUUUUUCGUAAAGUUUGUAAUGUAACAGUUAUUGCAAUAUUUACAAAUAAUACGAUUUAUCUUACCAUUAAGUGGAAGUUGGAGAAUGAGUUAAGAUUCAUAGAGAGAAUAAAAAAUAUUUAUUCAACACUGUAUAAAAAUAUGAAUGAUUGUAUAAAUAACAAUAUAACAAAUAUGUUAAAUGUAAAAUAUAUAAAAUAGUGAUGUUA